CUGUUUUCAGCAAAUUGCUUGAUAAGAUCUGCCAUGGGGCAUUGUCCCGUCAGUUUCUGAUCAAUUUCUACAUCCUGUGAACUCACUGCAUGCAACAACUGUGGGGAGCAUUCACUGUAGCCAACAUUAUGCAGAGAGACUGGCUGCGCUUUAAUGUGCAAACUCCAUGGCUGUAAAAUGAAGGAAUGAUGUUCCUUAUCAGGGAAAACAUGCUUGUGUAUAUUCCAAGGAAACUAGACAGCAAAUCCCACUGAAAUCACGGACAUGUGGCGGUGAAGAUGGGGGACUGGAACUUGUUGGGGAGCAUUUUAGAGGAGGUUCAUAUUCACUCCACCAUCGUGGGUAAAAUCUGGCUGACCAUCCUGUUCAUAUUCCGGAUGUUGGUUCUCGGCGUGGCAGCCGAGGAUGUUUGGGUGGAUGAGCAAAGUGAGUUUGUCUGCAACACGGACCAGCCGGGAUGCAAGAACGUUUGCUAUGACCAAGCGUUCCCGAUAUCGCUCAUUCGAUUUUGGGUACUGCAGAUCAUUUUCGUUUCCUCGCCUUCGCUGGUAUACAUGGGACAUGCUCUGUACCGACUGAGGGCUUUGGAGAAAGAACGGCACAGGAGGAAAAUUCAGCUGAGAGCCGAGCUGGAAGAGACGGAAGGCCUCUUGGAGGAGCACAAGAAGUUGGAGAAGGAACUGAGGAAGCUAGAAGAGCAGAAGAAAAUUAGGAAGGCUCCUCUGAGGGGCUCCUUGCUGCGCACAUAUAUAAUUCAUAUCCUUACCAGAUCAGUGGUGGAAGUGGCGUUCAUUGUAGGACAGUAUAUCUUAUAUGGGAUUGGACUGGAUCCUUUGUACAAGUGCGAGAGGGUGCCUUGCCCAAACAGCGUGGACUGCUACAUCUCCAGGCCGACAGAGAAGACCAUCUUCAUGGUUUUCAUGAUUGUCAUCGGAGGGGUUUCGUUGUUUCUGAACCUCUUAGAAAUAUCCCACCUGGGGGUUAGAAAAAUUAAACAGACUCUAAGCGGUCUCCAGCUUGUCGAGGAUGACAGUCUUUGCAAAACCAAGCACUCGACCAUUCAGCAACUGUGUGUAAUGACGAAUAUCUCGCCCCACAAAAACCCGCAGUUGAAAACUUUUAUUCCGCAGGGGCAAACGGACCCUCCGUUGUUCUUAACCAGUGCUUACAUUGGCUCGAGCGACAACAUGCUGCGGCACAACAGUUUUGCUGCGGCCACCCUCCCGGUGUCCUGCAUAACCCAGCAGCCCCGGCAAAUGCGCCAGCCUAGCCAGGGAAUGAUCCAUGAACUGCACUCCCAAGGGUCCAUGGAGUUACUAGAGGACCGGGAAAACCAUGACAAGCAUCUAGAGAGCAGUGACGGCUCGGAGAGGGAUGUCAGGCCUUUAAACUUGGGUCAUCUGGGUCCUGAGGGUCAUACGGAAAUACCAGCCUGCCUUCGCAAUCCUCUGCACAGGCCCAGCCGUGUGCCAGACCUGGGAGACGAUGCUGUGGAGUCCUCCGAGAGCGACUUCUGUCCGCCCAACAGGAAAGCCAGUUUCAUGGUCCGUAUGCCCUCAGACAGUAUUUCCGGGAGUCCGUCAUGUCCCUCCACAAGGAGUUCAGAGUCCGAGCUAGGUUCCCUCAACGACCUGCCCAUGAAUCCACCACCAGGGGGAGGACGACGGAUGUCCAUGGCAAGUAGAUGCAAACGACACCCAGCUACUGAGCUGGUCAUAUGA